AUGCCUCGCCCAAACCUCCCUCCGACUCCCCAGCCGUCGACUGACAUUACCGGCAAGAGCAGCGCCAAUGCCCCUCAAUUAGAGACCAGCUUCACCUUACCACCUGCAGCUUUGGGUGGUAGGGGAAGUGUAGCUAGCUCUUCUGGUCCGUCUGAAAAUGCCUCAGAUUCGUCGUACCGGCCACCAUCCCCGUCAUCUCCAGUCGCGACAUCUAAGCCUAGUCAUGCGCGCAAACGCUCUCAGCAGAGCAUCAUCACCAAGGACGAUUAUUCUCUCCCUCCUCCCCCUACUCGAUCACGCAAGAUCAUUCAAAUGAAGCCCAAGGACACCCAAGAAUCGCCCAAGACCUCAUCCCAAACACAGAAUGCGAAGACUACGACCGCUGCCACUAAUGGCACCAAAAGGAAGCAGGCGGGUAACGCCACUGCUGCGGGACGUAAGAUUGCGAGGAAGACGGCACACAGCCUUAUCGAGCGAAGAAGGAGAUCCAAGAUGAACGAGGAGUUUGGCGUUCUUAAAGACAUGAUUCCGGCGUGCAGGGGACAAGAGAUGCACAAGCUGGCUAUCUUACAGGCAUCCAUCGAAUACAUGCGAUACCUCGAGCAGUGCGUCUCCAACCUCAAGACUGCCAAUUCACUACGCGACUCACCAUCAUCUGUAACAUCCGAGCUUCCCCCGCCACCAGUCCGACGCAUGCACGACGACGACGACGAUGAAGACGAAGACCGAGACGAAGAAAUGGAGGAUGAUGUUUCACCUACCUACGUCGAACAGCCAGCCACCCAGUCCAGAUACACACUCGCACAAGCCUCACCCGCCAUCUACCCAUCUGACAGAAGCGUAUACACCCACUCGACCACCACAUCCCCAGCAAUCAUGCCCCACGAUCGCAGCGGGCAGUACUCGGCGAACCCCUCCCCCGCGUUGCGCCCGUCCGACCCACACCACUACUCGCUUGGACCAGCUUCAGUUCGCUCCACAGUAACUUCGCCUUCGAUCCACCCUUCGCCUGCUUUCAGCGCCCAUACACCGUCGGCGACGCACUUCAGCAACCCUUUUCACAACGGCCCUCCUAGUACUGGUCCCGUAGCUGCUCCUGGUUCUUCGCAUGGCUCUGUUCAUUUCGCUUUGACGUCGCCGGCAUUGAAACCACAGGCUGAUCGUGAAGAUCAGGAAGCUACCGAGGCUUUGAUGAUGUUGAACACGGACCGUCGUAGCUGGAGUGGGGCUAGAGGUAUGAGUGUGAAGGACAUUCUUAGUGGAUAG